CGGCCAGCUCCCUGAGGAUUAGCUCAAGGGCUGUGCGGGAAGUGCUUCAGAUGCCCUCACUGGUCCCUGGCCCCUCCUGGUCCCACCCCUGAACCCUCCACCCCCGCACUUUGCUUGCAAGUCUCUCUGUCUGACUGCCUGUCCCGCAGUGAGUUCUUCUGCCACCUCUGGAUCCUCCCUCAAUCAGUCUCUUGGUCAAAGCCUGCGUUGCCUCUCUCUCAGACCAGUUCAGAGCCCCAGGUGUGAGGGUGUCCCCUGGACCAGGGUGCGGCCAUCAGAAGGAGUGCAAGAGCAGAAAGCCCUCUGCUUGCUGACACUUCUCCCGCUCGGAGCUGGGAACUGCGGGAGGAAGAGAUGAGUGGGGGUGGGGUGAGCCUGCUGAAGCGGGGCCCCGCUGGGCCGGGCUGGGCCGGGCUGGGCUGGACUGACCCCUCCCCAGUCGGGGGCGGGACCCCAGGAGGAGCGAGGGAGCAGAGCCGCCGGGGAGCAUCAGACGGCGGAGAGGCACUAUGGCGGGAACGAACCUCGGGGCCCGCUUCUACCGGCAGAUCAAGAGACAUCCCGCACUCAUCCCGAUGAUCGGCUUCAUUGGCCUGGGAAUGGGCAGUGCGGCGCUGUACUUGCUGAGACUCGCCCUGCGCAGCCCCGACGUCUGCUGGGACAGAAAGAACAACCCAGAGCCCUGGAACCGCCUGAGCCCCAAUGACCAAUACAAGUUUCUUGCAGUUUCCACUGACUAUAAGAAGCUGAAGAAGGACCGGCCAGACUUCUGAGCUGGCUGGGGUGCCAGCGAGCAGUAAACCACCGUCAGCCAGUCAGCCUGCCCCAGUCAGCCUGCCGACUCAUUUCUUCCACUCUCUAACCCCUGCCCCCAGGGCGCCACUCUAGCCACCCUGCCCAGCUGCUGCUUCCACAGGCUUGGUUCCCACAGGAGGGGAGACAGCUCCCCACCCCCUUCCCUUGCUCCCGCAGCGGAAGCGCCUCUGACCCUCAGCUUGAGUCCCACGCGGGGGGGGGGGGGCGGGGGAGUGGGGGGAGUUAGGAGGACAGGCAGUGUGUUGACCCAAAAGGCUCAAGCCAGCCCCUCUGCCCCCCUACCGGGGCCUUGCAGGGUGUGGCUCAGGCUACGUGUUGAGCGUGGCCAACGUGAGCCAAGAGCAAGCGGAGGCCUCUCGGUGCCAAGUGACGUGGCAGGCCCCGCGUUAGGCCAGGCUCUGGCGCCGCGAAGGGGCGGUGCUGCUCUGGCUCGACUGGGCUCGUCGCUGGCCGCCCUGCCUGCCGCCGCCGGGCCUGCCCUGGAUGAGGCACCUUCGCCCCGGAGAAGCGCAGCAAGCGCCUCCCCGUGCCCAAGCCCACUGCUUCCCGGGCCAACAGGCAUCCCCUCCCACGGCCUUGCACCUGGGCCUCCCCCUGCCAUUCUGCCCCUCCCUUGCUCCCCUCAGUCCCCUGGGAUCAAACAGAAG